GUAACAUGAGUUGUGAAUGAGUGUAUGCUACGUUGGUUGGAUAAGAGAAACAGAGGAUUAAGUCUCCUUUCGUUAAUUCACAUUCAUAGUUCAUCCAUAACCAGCUGCCCUUUUCCGAUUCCCGAAUAAUAUUGAGUCCAGUCUUGACCGCUGAGUGGGAGAGGAGAGGGAUAGAUAGGAUUUAACUAUGGUUAACCCUUAACCUUAACCACGGUUAAUUAUUUAACUAUAGUUAAGUUGAGGCUAUUACUACACCCUAUAAAAAGGACAUUACAUACUUGCAAAUUCCCAUCAUCCAUUUGUUUGUUUUUCCCAUUACAUCAUUAAUACACCAACGUUGAAUUUUUGAUAUUUUUCUUUGUUUCUCUUUAGCCUUUUCAUUUUCCAGAUUUCCUCUGCAUCAAUCUUGCUACAAUUCUGAGAAAAAGAUUGAAUUAAGAAAAUGGCAGAAAACGGUAACGGGAAUGUUGCAACUGAGAAUGGGAACGGACUUGGAAAAAUUCAAACGAAACAUCAUAACGGGAUUUGUCACGAUGAUAGUGGUCCAACUGUGAAAGCAUCAACAAUAGAUGAACUUCAUUCAUUGCAGAAGAAGAAAUCAGCACCAACAACACCUAAUUCUGGAAUUACAACUCCAUUUACAAAUCUCACUGAUGAAGAACGCCAGAAAAUGCAGCUUCAAUCUAUUAGUGCAUCUCUUGCGUCAUUGACAAGAGAAACUGGACCAAAGGUGGUGAAGGGAGAUCCAGCUAAGAGCCAAAAGGUAGCUCAUGUAACUCACCACCAUCAUGUUGCUCCAACCAUUGCUGUUAGUGACAGUGCUUUGAAAUUUACACAUGUUCUCUACAAUCUCUCCCCAGCUGAAUUGUAUGAGCAGGCGAUCAAAUAUGAGAAAGGAUCUUUCGUCACAUCUAGUGGAGCACUGGCAACACUUUCAGGGGCCAAGACGGGUCGUUCUCCAAGAGACAAGCGUGUCGUUAAGGAUGAAGUUACCGAAAGUGAACUUUGGUGGGGAAAGGGUUCUCCUAACAUUGAGAUGGAUGAGCAGACUUUCUUGGUGAAUAGAGAAAGAGCAGUUGAUUACUUGAAUUCUUUGGACAAGGUGUUUGUGAAUGACCAAUUCUUGAAUUGGGAUCCAGAGAACAGAAUCAAAGUCAGAAUUGUCUCAGCUAGAGCAUACCAUUCAUUGUUCAUGCACAACAUGUGUAUCCGACCCAGUCCUGAAGAGCUGGAGAAUUUUGGUACUCCGGACUUCACUAUAUACAAUGCCGGAAAGUUUCCAUGUAACCGUUUCACUCACUACAUGACAUCUUCCACUAGCAUUGAUCUUAAUCUUGCUAGAAGGGAAAUGGUUAUCCUCGGCACACAAUACGCCGGGGAAAUGAAGAAAGGUCUUUUCAGUGUCAUGCAUUAUCUCAUGCCUAAGCGCCAAAUUCUCUCCUUACACUCUGGUUCCAAUAUGGGCAAAGAUGGUGAUGUUGCUCUCUUCUUUGGACUCUCAGGUACCGGAAAGACUACUCUUUCAACUGAUCAUAAUAGGUAUUUGAUCGGAGAUGAUGAACAUUGUUGGAGUGAGAACGGUGUCUCCAACAUCGAAGGUGGCUGUUAUGCAAAAUGCAUUGAUCUCUCCCACGAGAAAGAGCCUGAUAUCUGGAAUGCAAUUAGGUUUGGCACAGUGUUGGAAAACGUGGUGUUUGAUGAGCAUACUAGAGAAGUUGAUUACACUGACAAAUCAGUUACAGAAAAUACUCGCGCAGCCUAUCCUAUUGAGUACAUUCCAAAUGCAAAGUUACCAUGUGUUGGACCUCAUCCAAAGAAUGUUAUUCUUUUGGCAUGUGAUGCAUUUGGUGUGCUACCACCUGUGAGUAAACUAAGCUUGGCGCAGACCAUGUACCAUUUCAUCAGUGGAUAUACUGCUUUGGUGGCUGGUACUGAGGAUGGUAUUAAGGAGCCACAAGCAACAUUUUCAGCUUGUUUUGGUGCAGCAUUUAUAAUGUUGCACCCUACAAAAUAUGCUGCAAUGCUUGCUGAAAAGAUGGAGACUCAUGGUGCAACAGGGUGGCUAGUUAACACUGGUUGGUCUGGUGGCAGCUAUGGUACCGGAAAUCGUAUCAAACUAAACUAUACUAGAAAAAUUAUUGAUGCUAUUCACAAUGGAAGCCUCUUAAAGGCAGAAUACAAGAAGAGUGAAAUUUUUGGCCUGGAGACUCCAACUGAAGUGGAGGGUGUACCUUCAGAAAUUCUUGAUCCUGUGAAUGCGUGGUCGGACAAAGAUUCCUACAAUGAGACAUUGUUGAAGCUGGCUGGAUUGUUCAAGAAGAAUUUUGAAACCUUCACCAACUACAAAAUUGGAACGGGUAAUGACAACCUCACCGAAGAGAUUCUCGCUGCUGGUCCAAACUUUUGAAGCAAUGUUGUAUUGUGUGUUUGUUCAAAAAAAAUGUUGUGUUGUGUGUGGGAUAGGGCUUGUUAGGCUGGUAGAAUAAAUGUGGCCUUAGAAUAAUAUUGGUUGGGGGUGAGAUUGAUAUUUCAAGUUAUUAUUUGUGUAAUAAUUUUGUCAUAUGUGCCGGUCUUUAUAUUUUUUGUCUCACAUUUUUAUGUCCUUAUAAUGAAAAUGUCAUCUCCUUGAUUUUUUUAA